CGUCCUCCGCCACUCUCUUUCUCUCUGCUUCAUACAAAAACACCCCCAAACCCUCACUCAUAAAAGUAUAUCAGUUGUUUAUAUAGAUGUCUGAUUUUCUCUCUACAUUCACUCACUCAGUCUGUCAAUUGCUGACGCUCUACUGAUCGAGCACCCAGAUGUCGAAACCAUUUGAAUUUGUUGUCUUCUUCCUAUGUUUCUACCACAUUUUUGCUGUUGCAUUUUCUCUCUCCGCCGACGGCCUCUCUCUCCUCUCGCUAAAAUCAGCCGUCGACGGUGGUGGCGGCACAGCCUUUGCUGACUGGAAUGAGAACGACGCCAGCCCAUGUCACUGGACCGGAGUUUCCUGUAUGAACAUUUCCGGAAAUUCAGACCCCCGAGUCGUUGGCAUCGCCGUCUCCAGCAAGAAUCUUCGGGGAUACAUUCCGUCGGAGCUUGGGACGCUAGUGUAUCUCCGGCGACUCAAUCUUCACGGCAACGAUUUCUACGGUUCGAUUCCCGACCAACUCUUCAACGCUUCUUCACUUCACAGUAUAUUUCUCUACGGUAAUAAUCUCUCCGGUUCUCUUCCACCCAGCAUUUGUAAUCUUCCUCGCCUUCAAAAUCUUGAUCUUUCCAACAACUCGUUGGCGGGAUUGAUCCCAAAAGAUCUCAGGAAUUGCCGGCAGUUGCAGCGGCUUAUUCUGGCUGAAAACAAGUUUUCCGGAGAGAUUCCGGUUGGAAUUUUCCCUGAGUUGGCGAAUUUGGUUCAACUUGACCUUUCAGCUAAUUCGUUUAACGAGUCGAUCCCCGACGACAUUGGUGAGCUCAAGUCUUUAACUGGAACUCUCAAUCUUUCCUUCAACCAUUUCUCGGGAAAGAUUCCAAAAUCUUUGGGGGAUUUGCCACUGACAGUGAGUUUUGAUCUUCGAAGCAAUAAUUUGAGCGGUGAAAUUCCUCAAACAGGUUCUUUUGCAAAUCAAGGUCCGACAGCUUUUCUUAAUAAUCCAUUGCUCUGUGGAUUUCCUUUACAAAAAAUUUGCCGGAACAAUACGGAGAGUUCACCGGCAAGUCAGGCUCCAUCCUCGGAUGCUGACAAUAUGAAUCCAAGGAAAGGUCUAAAGCCGGGUUUGAUUAUAUUAAUAUCGGUGGCUGAUGCAAUUGGGGUGGCAUUUAUAGGACUAAUUAUCGUUUAUGUUUAUUGGAAGAAAAAGGAUUCUCAUGGGUGUAGCUGUACUGGGAAAGGGAAAUUUGGUGGAAAUGAGAAAAGAAAGUUGUGUCCUUUUCCCUGUAUUGCUGGGUUAGCUAGUAAUGACUCUGAGGUUGAGUCAGAAAAAGGUGGUGGUGGCGGCAGUGGUGGUGGUGGUGAUAGUGGCGGAGGUAGUGGUAAUGGUGGUGAAGGUGAUCUUGUGGCGAUUGAUAAGGGGUUUAAUUUUGAGCUUGAUGAGCUGUUGAGAGCUUCAGCAUAUGUGUUGGGGAAGAGUGGAUUGGGGAUAGUGUAUAAGGUUGUGCUUGGAAAUGGUGUGCCGGUGGCAGUGAGGAGGUUAGGGGACGGUGGUGAACAGAGGAAUAAGGAAUUUGUUGCGGAGAUUCAGGCGAUCGGAAGGGUAAAGCAUCCUAAUAUUGUCAAGUUGAGAGCUUAUUAUUGGGCUCCUGAUGAGAAGCUUCUCAUUAGCGAUUUCAUUUCCAAUGGCAAUUUGGCUAAUGCUCUUCGUGGGAGGACUGGUCAGCCAUCAUCGAGUCUCUCUUGGUCAACCAGGCUGAAAAUUGCAAAAGGAACUGCUCGGGGCUUAGCCUACCUUCACGAAUGUAGUCCAAGGAAAUUUGUCCAUGGAGACAUCAAACCGUCCAACAUUCUCCUUGACACUGAAUUCCAGCCAUACAUUUCUGAUUUUGGCCUCAACCGGCUGAUUACCAUCACAGGCAACGACCCCUCAUCCUCUGGUGGCUUUAUUGGUGGAGCCUUCCCCUAUUUAAAGUCAGCUCAACCAGAGGGGGCCAACAACCACCGUGCACCUGAAGCUCGGACUCCUGGUAACCGAGCUACCCAAAAAUGGGACGUCUACUCUUUUGGGGUUGUCUUACUUGAAUUAUUAACAGGAAAGUCUCCAGAGCUUUCAUCUCCAUCGACAUCAACUUCCACAGAAGUCCCAGAUCUAGUGAGUUGGGUAAGAAAGGGAUUUGAAGAGGAAAACCCACUAUCAGAUAUGGUAGACCCGAUGUUGCUUCAAGAAGUACAUGCCAAGAAGGAAGUACUGGCAGUGUUUCAUAUAGCCCUUGCGUGCACUGAAGCAGAUCCUGAGGUUCGGCCAAGAAUGAAAACUGUCUCUGAAAACCUUGAGAAGAUUUGAACAUAAGAAAUAGGCAGCCAAUUUUUCUAUCAACAUAGUAAUUGAGGAAGUUCUUUUGUUCCAGAUUAUGGGUGGGAAAAAUGGCACCUUUUCUAUCAAUGGUGGAUUUUGUAUGUUCAUGCUAGUAAUUUUGCUCUGUUUUGGCCUCCUAGAAUUUCCUGAAAUCUCUCAUAAGCAAGUUACAAAGAAUUCUCUGGGUGUUUCAGCGGUUUACUUUUUCCUUUCUCGAGCUUUAUCUAGUUAAACAUUCAUUUUUCUUUGGUCACAAUAGUCCAGAAGUUGGCUAAAUUUGUAAUUUAUAGUUCUUUCUUAGCCCUUCAGUAUGUGUUUGUAAUAAGAAUACGAUCGUAUCAUUUUCUUCCAUUUCCUUUUCAUUCUUAUAUGCAAUAUUGAAAAGGCUAAAGGUUUUGGUUGGC